CCUCGUCACAAUAUCCCAAAAGGAACCGAAAACGAAAACUCAUAAAGCCAAAGCCUUUCUUCUUCUUCUUUUCUUCCGAUUAUUCCCAAACACAAAAAUACUGCUGAGGAAAAGCAAUCCACACGAUUCGAUUCAAAGUUUUCAUUUUUUCUCUAAAAGUUUGGAUUUUGAUUUCGUUGCUGAACGGAAAAAGAAUCAGCUCCUUUCAGUUUAGGGUUUUGGGUUUCUGUUUGGUCUCUAUCAGAUGAUGUGUGAGGAGAUUCUUCCUCUGUUUGUGUCUGUUUCAGAUGGAAGACAAUGAUAAGUCUCCCCCUAAGGAUUACUAUAAGAUUCUAGAAGUUGAUUACGACGCAACUGAGGAAUUGAUCAGACUCAAUUAUCGGAAGCUUGCAUUGAAGUGGCAUCCUGAUAAGCACAAAGGCGAUAGUGCAGCUACAGAAAAAUUUCAAGAGAUUAAUGAAGCUUAUAAUGUGCUGAUGGACCCUGCUAAACGUUUUGAGUAUGAUUUCACUGGUAUAUAUGAGAUCCACAAAUACACUUUACGGGAAUAUCUCGCCAGAUUUAAGGGAAUGAUACUCACUUGCAAUGGGCUCGGUAUCAGCCAAUCCUCAUCACCAUGGACACAUCAAUUGGCUGAGACCACCAAACAACAGACGAGCAAGGUUGGCUUUCUUUUUCUGUUCUCUCUUCUUGGCAUUUCGAAUUUACUAUGUAACUUUUUCAAAACCCAUUUACGACCUAAACUCUUGGAUCCAUUUCUGUACUCAUUAUCUUCACAGGAUACUGUAUAAACUGAAGCAGAAGUUAGAAGAGGGCUGUAAAACUGUACAAAACUGGAGCUAUAGCGCUUUUAUCGCGCAUUGAUGAUAUAGUGAAAUGCUUUGAUUAGGUCUGUUGUAUUGUUUCUUUAUCAAUGUAGAAUUAGAGAAGCUUGUAUUGUCUCUGGCUUCUAUUAAUACAUUCACACAUUGGUGAUGGUUCAAAUCUUUUACCACUCUACUAUUCUCAUCAUUCAUGGUUUUCCAGACUUGAGACAAAGUGAAUAAUACAAUCUAUGAAA